AACUGUCUCAACUUGCCAGUCGGCUUUAGGAGCGCCUUUCCCAAGCUACUCAAACAGCCUGUGAAUUUCCCUGCUGUCCAUUGGGUCUUUCAACACAAAAUGACAGACAAAGGACUCACAGAUGAGGCUGCAUCCGCAGCGUGCAAAGAAGGGGAACCUAUCACUCAGGACUACAUGAUGCAACAAACCAUGCUGAGGGUAAAAGACCCUCUCAAGUCUUUAGACUUCUACACCCGCAUCAUGGGUAUGACGUUGCUGCAGAAGAUAGACUUCCCAUCAAUGCUCUUCACACUCUACUUCCUGGGUUAUGAGGAAAAGAAGGAGAUCCCUACAGAUGUAAAGGAGAGGACAGCAUGGACUUUCUCUCGACGAGCCACCAUCGAACUCACACACAACUGGGGCUCUGAGUCAGAUGAAAAAUUAUCUCUUCACAACGGAAACUCUGAACCGAGGGGUUUUGGGCACAUCGGCAUUGCUGUACCUGAUGUUUAUGCAGCCUGCAAAGUAUUUGAAGAACAAGGAGUAACAUUUGUUAAGAAACCAGAUGAUGGUAAAAUGAAGGGAGUGGCCUUCAUACAGGAUCCUGAUGGAUACUGGAUUGAGAUUUUGAGCCCAAACAACAUGUUCUCCUUAACAUCAUAGGGAGGCAAACUGGGCCAGCACAAACUGACUGGGUUCGGAAAAAGGAGGUGAUAUAAAAAUAAGAGGGAAACUGAAUAAGGUAACAAAGGGGGUUAUGUGAGGAAAUUAAGAAGUGAAGAUGGAGUUUUUGCUUACGAUUGGGAUCAUAUGCAGGUUCCCGUGGUACUAUGGACACUCAAGACAAAAGAUGGGAUAGCCGUAAUAUAAAGAGACAACACUGUUGGAGCUAGGAACACAAGCAUUUUGCAACAAACGCAAUAACAUCUGGUAAAAAUGUGUACGUGACCAAUAACAUUUGAUUUGAGAUGUUUGGAUGGGACAAACUGCCAAUGAAGAUGACCAGGGUAAAUAACUGCUCCUAAUGUGGUCUGACUGAGAUUGAUAUUAUCCCAGCCUGGUCAACAUAUUUGCAAUAAACAGAUGUGGAUCAUCCUCCUAUUUUCAAUUCCUCUGUCUUUCUAUUCAAAUUAUAAAGGUUUAGCCAACGAGACCACUCAGCCUAUUUAUUUGGCUGAACAUUAGAAUUUGGAGCAGUAAUCCCCUUGGAUUUACACAAACAGAUAACCAAAGUUGUCUCGUCAGCACCAUUUCCUCAGUAAAAUAUGAGUGACUGUGGAAAAUAAGGCUGGCAGACAACCAUAGCUGCUGAAAGAAGUAACCAUAGCGUCAGUAGGUCAUAUAUAUAUAUAUAUAUAUAUAUACACACUACCGUUCAAAUGUUUGGGGUCACUUAGAAAUGUCCUUGUUUUUGAAAGAAAAACACAUUUGUCCAUUAAAAUAACAUCAAAUUGAUCAGAAAUACAGUGUAGACAUUGUUAAUGUUGUAAAUGACUAUUGUAGCUGUAACGAUCCUCUUCAUCUUAUGAAGAGUAGUCAAGAUCGGACCAACACGCAGCGUGGUAAGUGUCCAUGUUAAUAUUUUAAUAUAACAGAAGAGGAAACAAAAAUAAUAACUAGAAUGUAAGAAACAAAACAGUCCUUUCAGGUGAAACAACACAAAACAGAAAACAACUACCCACAAACACAGGUGGGAACAGGCGACCUAAGUAUGGUUCUCAAUCAGAGACAGCUGCCUCUGAUUGGGAACCAUACCAGGCCAAGCACAUAGAAGUACAAAACAUAGAACAAAACAGAAUGCCCACCCCAACUCACGCCCUGACCAAACCGGACAUGAAAAAGGAACUAAGGUCAGGACGUGACAGUAGCUGGAAACGGCAGAUGUUUUAUGGAAUAUCUACACAGAGGCCCAUUAUCAGCAAACAUCACUCCUGUGUUCCAGUGAAUUGGCGACUCCGUGAUGCUGGCCUUCUAGGCAGAGUUGCAAAGAAAAACCCAUAUCUCAGACUGGCCAAUAAAAAUAAAAUAUUAAGAUGGGCUAAAGAACACAGACACUGGACAGAGGAACUCCCGGAGUCGCCUCUUCACUGUUGACAUUGAGACUGGUGUCUUGCGGGUACUAUUUAAUGAAGCUGCCAGCUGAGGACUUGUGAGGC